ACCGAGCACAAGCAGCGAGGCAUGCAUGAUUGGUUUCUCCUCCACCCUUCCUGUCAGAGAGUUUUUUUUUUUGGAUACUUAAGGACUUUAUUGAAAUAUCAAAUACAAGAUACAUUCCUGUCAGAGAGUUGAUCCCAUUCCUUGAUUUGCCCCUGUGAAGUGUUUGCAUGUCUGAACACGGAACUGGGUGUUGCGAGGUAGGAGUAGCUCAGGGAGUGAUCAGAGUAGGCCUUCUUGUUCUGUGAUCUUCAUUCUGGGGUAGGGAGCAUGGUGAAGCUGAUUGAAGGAGGAGCCGUUAAGAAAGAGCCGGAAGAGACCGUGGUCGAAAUAGACAGCGAACGGGAGGAAGCCGAGAAGGAGGUGGUGAAGAGGAGGCGGCGGAGGAGGAAGAAGAAGAAGAAGGCAUUCGAUCCGCACCAGAACCGGGCAUGCGUGGAUUGCCAGAAGAGGUGUGCCCGGAUUCAUGGCCGAGCUGCUUCGUCCUCCCCGUCGCCGUCUUCCAGCAAGACCCGGCCGAUCCCGGCGGUGCCGUCCUUCUUCAAGGUCAUGAUGGGCUACUUCUCCGAGCACAUGGAUAUACCACCGCCAUUUGCCAGGACAAUCUUGGACCUGGCAGGCUCCAACAUUUAUCUCGAAGACGCAUUCGGGCUCCGGUGGCGCGUGCGGCUGUGCUUGCGCGACGGCGUCCUGUCGUUCGGGCAUGGAUGGAAGAAUUUCGUUCUCGACCAUGCCAUCAGCUGCGGCGAGUUCCUGGUGUUCAGGCAGAUUGCCAGGUCGGUCUUCACUGUGCAGAUGUUUGCCCCAUCGGCUGUGGAACGGCUGUUCCUCUGCGAGACGAACAAGAGGCAGAGCCGGAAGAGGAAGCCCAGGCAGAAAACUAUCUGUCCGAGUAGUCAAACCGUGAAGAUAAGCAAGAACUGCAAGAAGAAACAACGUACCGAUCACCAUAAUAAUCUGGGCCCGAAAGACUGUCAGAUGCCAGAUCAUGUUUUCAUUGACGAUUCUGAUUUUCCCCAUUCUGCAUCUGAACUAAAAUGUUCAGAAGCAUCAGGGGGAGUGCCAGAGGUACGAGUCACAGAACCACAAGAAGAUUCUGAGGCCCCUACAACUACAACUACAAGGCAUGAUUGUAAAGCUCAGGAGGUGUUAGAUGGAGAGGCCGAAAUAGCAGACGACUGCACAGUCUUUGAAGAAAAAGAAAGCGAAUGCAAUGAAAGAGCUAUGCAGCAUCUGGUUUCUGAUGCUACCGAAAUUGAAAAUGUCGAUGGCUUGAAUUUACCGACGAACACUGAUGCUAUUGGACCUCUUGCUAUGAUGGACCUUAAUGAAGUGAAUAUAGAUGAUAUAUUUUUGUCAGCUGAUAUAUAUGAAUUUGAAAAUGAUAUAUGUACUCCAGAAGCAUUUUCUGUUGAUCUGAAUAUGGGAGGGCCUAUUACUAUUGCCCAAAAUUCAGGUUUCAGUUGCCUUGAAGAUACCCAACAAAAUCACUUUUCUUCUACGGGAGAUGAUCAGCGUUUUGUGAUGCCAGAGACACUAUCAUGUACAGAAAAUAAAGAGAUGACUGAUGCAGUAGUAACAGGGUCAGUGUGCGCUGAUGCUUGUGUUGCAGUGCAUGACAUAGAUAUCAACGCGUUGCCUGCUAAUGAGCCGUCAUCAUUUGCAAAGGAGAACUCUUCUCCUCCAGCUGAUCCUGAAGUGCAUUCGAGUGAAUGUGUAUUAAGUGGUUGCAAGAAAGACACUGAUUUGCUCUCUUGCAAGGACAGCCAAGCUGAACACAAAGAAGUGAAGCAUGAUAAGCAGCAAGAUGGUCAAGGUAAUAAGCAAGAUAGCACAGGGCAGAAUUCUGCUGAAGUCAUAUCAAGUAGCACAAAGCUUCAUGAACAUCCUCAUCUCUGUCAAAAUCUUCAUCAAACUGAAAAUAACUCUGAAGGCAUUGGCAGUGGACCCUCCGAAUCUGGUGGUGUUCUUGCGCUUGCAGCAAGCACCAGCAAGUUUUGCAUUGCUGUGCCUGAACCUGAGCAAACAUGGCUUGAGCUUCCCACUCGACUACCGGUUAUACCAAGAACGAAGAAACAGGGAAGGAAGGUUGUGAUACUCAAGGAUCCAUGCACGAGACUCUGGCCCGUGCUGUACCAAUGCACCCCAAGGUUCAGUGGCUUCAUCACUGGUUGGGUUGACAUCUGCAGGGAGAACAACCUGCAGGAAGGAGACACCUGCGAGUUCGAGCUCAGCGGCAACUCUGAACUGUCGUUCCAAGUGCGCGUGCCCAGUUUGCAGUAGCCAUUGUUACCCAGCAAAUCCCUGAUCAUAUAUGUAACAUUUCAUGCCUCAGGAAGCAUUCCAUCAGUAGUUCUUGCCCUAAUCAUGUAAGAAGUAGUAGACUUGUGUCAACAUGAAAAUGCUACUAUUUUCUCGUCCAUAUUUUCCAUGCUCAGAUUAUUCUUAGAUGACAAGGAAUAAGUGGUGCAUUGCCCA